AUGAUUCUCGGAUUCUUCACCUUCAUAUUCUUAUUGCUAACACUGCUGAAAAUUGCUGUAAAAAAAUUUAAAGGUGGUGCACGUUUCCGCUCUCUUCUCGGCUUCUCAUCUCCUCAAAAUCGUAACAGCAACCAUCAGGACUACCGUAAUAUCGUCCGAGGGGGCGGAGUCAACGGAGCCGACGGAACUGGCAACGCCUACAGAAGAAAUGGCGGUGGAAAUGGAGGUGGAAGGAACAUCGGCGGUCUUCCGACGUCUUCAGGAGUCGCUCCACCACAAUGGGCGGUGGAUGCUGCGGUGGUGGCGGAUUCAAAUUCCCGAAUCUCGCGCCCAAAAUUUCGCAACGACACUCCGGCAUCCCGCUUGGCGCCAAGCACCUAA